AACCAUACUUUUCCACCGUCAGCGCCAAAGCAUUCCAGCCACGUGGAGGCCCAAGAACACUGGCCAGAGCUCUCACCGCUCGAAACGUGUCACUCUAGCGAUGCUGCAACCAGAACCCCCAACUCACUCUCUCUCUCUCUCAGGAGAAACCAGAUUUCAAACACCCUCUGUCCCUCCCUUUUAAACUCUCCCCCAAAUUCUCUCUAAGUUUCUCACCUUUUUCUUAGGGUUUCUGCCAAGAACAAGAUUUUCCCCUCAGCUCUAAUGCAUUGUGACUAGAGAAUAAUAAGGACAGGAAUAUACUUUUCCAUUGCUGAACAUAUAAACAUGGAUCACUUGGAACAAACACAACAGCAACAGCAGCAGCAGCAGCAGCCUGUGGUUGGUAUUGCUUCUGGUUCUGAUCGGAUGUCAUAUGCUCCUCCGUCCUACCAAACUGCUCCUAUGGUGGCUUCUGGAAAUCCUGCUGUCAUGCCCUCUCUGACACAGCCGCCCCAGACUUUCUCUAGUUCCCCACAUCAGAUUACCUACCAGCAAGCUCAGCACUUCCACAGCCAACAGCAGCAGCAACAACUGCAGCAGCUUCAGGUGUUCUGGGGCAACCAAAUGCAUGACAUUGAACAAACAACUGACUUCAAGAAUCACAGCCUUCCACUUGCUAGAAUUAAGAAAAUCAUGAAAGCUGAUGAGGAUGUCCGAAUGAUAUCUGCUGAGGCUCCGGUGAUAUUUGCAAAGGCAUGUGAAAUAUUCAUCUUGGAGCUCACUUUGCGCUCAUGGAUUCACACAGAAGAGAACAAGAGAAGGACAUUACAAAAGAAUGAUAUUGCGGCUGCAAUUUCAAGGACUGAUGUGUUUGAUUUUUUGGUUGACAUUAUCCCAAGAGAUGAGUUAAAAGAGGAGGGACUUGGAGUGACCAAGGCCAGCAUACCUGUGAUGGGUUCUGCGGCAGAUAUUCCAUAUUAUUUUGUUCCACAGCAGCCUAUUGGUGCUCCUGGGAUGAUCAUGGGGAAGCCAGUGGAUCAAGCGACAAUAUAUGGUGCUCAGCAGCCUCGGUCAUCUAUGGCUUUCAUGCCCUGGGCUCCAUCCCAACCUCAGCAGUUGCUGCCACAGCAGCAACAACAAUCCCAACAGCAGCAAACAGACAAUUAGCAAUUGUUGCUGAGGUACUCUCAAAGCCGUUCCCAGGCAUAGUUUCUAAUUGUUAGUUGAGUUUAGUGUUGUGUUAGUUGAUCCUAAAUCCAAGUAGGCUGUGUGGUCAGCAAAUGUUAGGUCGUUAUAUUAUCUAUGCGCUUGUAUUGCUUCUGAUGUGAAACUUACCUUAAGGUGUGCUUAUUAUUCCGUCCGAUCAUUGCU